AUGCACCAUCUGUUGUUUGUGGCAGGGAAGGCAGACAGCGUAUUGGUACUACGCUUCCAGGAGGACGGGUUGGCUACACCUGAUUCUGUGGCAAUGUAUGAAGGCGAGCUGGUCCGCUCUCGGGAGAUGUACAGCCUAACUCUGUGUGCCAGGUUCCAGAUCUUCUUCCUGCACACCCGCGCCGUCUUCUUCCAGCUUCAUGACACUCAACUAAAGUUGGAGAACAUGCUACUAGGAGAGGUGCUGGUGGAACGGGUUAGAUUCGUCAUGAACAACGCCUGGAACUAUCAGCUCCUGGAGAAGGAACUGUGGGCCUUCAGGUGGCAUCAUCUUUGCUUCACAUACGACCACCCAAAGAACCUGAUCAGCACCUACCUGGACGGGGAGCUCAACAACCAGCAGGAAUUCGUGUUACUGAGUCCUGUAUACGGUGACUGGGCCAGGCUCGGUCAGAACUUCGAGGCCAGUAACAGUUUCAGUGGUGACUUGACUCAGGUGAACGUAUGGGAUCGUGUCCUGACAGAUGAGGAGAUCCUGGCCUUUGCUCGGUGUGAAACUAACCCAAAGGGAAGCUACAUCUCCUGGGAGGCCGGCUGGUCACUUAAGGUCGUGUCCACUUACGACUUGCCUCUAGCACAGUUCUGUCAGCAGGAAGUUGGCACAAGUUACUUCUGGUUCCCGUCAGUGCCAGAAGUGACGGCCCACUACGUGUGCGAGGCUCUAGGGACACACCUCCCCUGGGCUGAGAACAUCGACGACGUGUACACCCUACAGAAGGUCUCCGCUGCAGCCUAUCCCGACUUUGGCAACUGCCAUUUUAAUUUCUGGAUGUCGCUGACUGACAAAGCAGAGGAGAAUGUGUGGAGGUCACACGACGGCAAAAUUGUAGAGGGUAUCUUCUGGGCACCGUACGAGCCUAACGGAUUGCGUUAUGAGAACUGUGCAGCUCUCAGUCGGUACGGUGUGGCUGACAUUAACUGCGACAUGCAGAUACGUUGUGCAGUGUGCACUUUUAUAAAGCAACAUAGAUUUUCUCUUCUUGGCAUUUGUGAACAAGAACUUCGAAACGUAUACUUUGUUGCCUACCAAGAGAACAUAAAUGAAUUGAUAUUCAUCGGUUACGGCGAAUAUCAUAUCAGGAGACUUGAGGACCAGUGGACCUGGGUAGACGUUGUCAAUAACCUGACCGUCGCCCACAUGGAGGAAACAGUGCCAGACUUUCCCAUGGGACGACGGUGGUGGCGUCUAGAGAGAGAAGUGUGUGGACAGAAGGCAGGUGGACGACGGAGACUGUCACUAUCACCUUGUCCCCAUCACCACUACAGCUGUGAUGACGCCACCUGUAUCCCCAUACACCACCGUUGUGACCUCAAGUAUGACUGUCGUGACAAUAGUGAUGAGCUCGACUGUCAUCUGAUAUCUUUCCCACGGGAUUAUCAGCGCCACCUGCCACCAAGAUUGAGCGGAGAGGACGACGUAAGUUUACCCAUCAUUCUCAAUGUAACCAUGGAAACUAUAGCCGUCCAAACCCUCGACAUGACCAUGGAAAUCGCUUAUGAGGUGGCCAUGACCUGGAUGGACAACAGACUGAACUACCUAAACUUGAAAGUUAACGACAGCUUAAAUAAACUACAUAUUGACACGGUACGGAAAUUGUGGAUCCCUCAAGUGAACUUCAUCAACACAGACAACAUCCACCGCACCCACAUCGACGAGGACGUUGUUAUGUUCAUCCACCGCAGCGUCAAUGACUUCUUCAUGGACAAAGCUGCUCCCGCAGAAGUUGAAGUGUACGAUGGCAAGGUAAACUCGCUCACUAUCAGACGGAAGUACGGAACGAUUUACAAGUGUAAUUUUGACCUGGCUCUGUACCCCUUCGACGUCCAGCAGUGCGAGAUGCGCCUCAGGAUCACUUCUGAGUUGAAGUCCUUCCUCAUAUUCGACCAAUGGAACUCUUCUGUGGAGUACCUGUCCAACCCUUUCCUGGUGGAGUAUGAGGUGGGAAGGGUCCAUCUGGUGCACGACAACUCUGGCAUGUUCAGCGAGUCGCGGGUGGUAGUUCCUCUCAAGCGACGUUACGGCUACGCUAUCCUCACUAUCUACACCCCGACCCUUGUCCUCCUCGUCGUCAGCUACACUACCCUCUUCUUCAGGAUCGCCAUCUUUGACGUCAGGAUGAUGGCCGCCCUCACCGUGCAGUUGGUGAUCGCUACCCUCUUCUCGCAGGUGUCGGCGUCGCUGCCCAAGACUUCGUACUUCAAGAUGGUGGACAUUUGGCUCAUCUUCUGCAUCGGCAUCACCUUCCUGGUUAUAAUCUACCACGCGCUUGUCGACAACUUCGCUCACCCGGACCCGUCCACCUCACUUGUAAAGACACAGGUGUUUCAGGUGGUGCCAAUGACGGGCAGUGCAGGGCAAACCAAAGCGAUAGCCGGAGAGAGAACCAGGAGGAUGGUUCUGUUCACCAAGAUCACUGUGCCUCUCGUGUUCUUUAUAUUCAACAUUUGUUAUUGGGGCUACAUUUUUGCAAAUUAAAGUGGAGAUAAGAGAACGCAUUUAAUUGACUCGCUUAAAUUACAAGAGAUAGGUGGCAAGCAAGGUGGUAUUUAAUAUUA